UGGACAGCGGACAGGUGGCAGACUACGAAGCAAAAAUAAUCAACUAAUAGGUAGCAAAUUCCGAGUCCUCCCCAUUGAUAUAUUUUACAUGAAUUCUCUUUUGGAUGGACUCAUGGUCUUUAUACAUAAAGCAAAAGCCCCAAUCUGUUGACGACAUGAACACUAGCGGCACACAUAACGAGAACAAUGUCGCUAGGACUAGCGACACAACAGUAACUACAGCUGUGGGAGCCUUGGUUAUUGUUCUAGCAAUAAUCUCUGUGUCCUUGCGAUUUUACACACGUUAUUUCACGAGAGCUGGAUUUGGAUGGGAUGACUGGCUGAUUUUGCUUGCGCUGAUAGCCACAAUUUUGACAGACGUGUUGGUAUUAUGGUGUUUGUAUCCAUUUGCUUGGGUUGGCUUGAUAAUAAAAAUGUAAAUCAUUCCCUAACGAAAUAAUAUCAGCAACCAGUGUCAACCCCAAUGGCCCCUCUGUGGCUUCCGAUACAGACCCUAGAUACAUAUAUACAGAUGCCGACGUGUUCUAUACUAAACUGAAUUUUGUAGCCACGGUACUCUACUUCAGUAUAACCUCCGCGACAAAAAUGUCAAUUCUGUUCAUGUACAAUCGGAUUUUCUCGGUCUCGAGGGCUUUUCGCUUUCAAGUCUUAAGUGUUGGAGCCAUGGUCAUGGUCUUCUGGAUUGGCUGUACCGUGACUAAUCUGUUAAACUGUCGUCCUUUGAAAUGGACCUGGCUUAAUAGCCUUGACGAUCCACGAUAUUGCUUCAAUUAUAACAUAUUUUGGAUGGCCAGCGGCUGUGUCGAGGCAUUCAUUGAUGUAUUAAUCAUUACGAUUCCUAUCAGAAUGACGCUUGGCUUGCACUUGAAUAAAGCUAAAAAGUUUGCCUUGACGGCUGUUUUCUUGAUAGGGAUAUUGUAAGUGCUGUGCAGAAAAUUGUUUGCGUCGAAGAUACUGACUGUGACCGUAUGAAAGCGUUAUCAUCACAGGCGUGGUCAAAGUAGCACUCAGUUACGCACCUGGUAGCAGGGAGCCAUCAUUCAAUCGAACCGAAGUUUGGACAACAGUACAUUGUGGGAUUGGAAUGGUUUGUGCAUGUCUGCCGGUAUGCUGGCCACUCAUUUUACGUGUUACAAGGUUUCGAUCUGCUUUUGUGCAAAGACAUUGGCACAAAUUCAGUAUAUCUUCUCUGAAAGAAAAAUUCAAGAACGAGAGAAACACAACCGCACAGUUUGAGAGAACUGCGACGCCUAAUACUGGGGACCACUUAUUUUUGGAAGGCCUUAGCCGCAGCAAUCUCAUGGCCUUGGAUAGCGUGUGAGACCAAUAAAAUGGCUGUCGCUCCCAGUAAAUCAGAGGAAGUUCCAAAGAGAUUAGUAAGUCUUCCACCACGAAUGAUUGUCGACUUUUGCGAGGCAUUGAUUACUUAUGGAUCAUUUUCGGGGUCGGAUAUAAAUUUCAGCAUGUACUUGUGCAAAAUUAAUUGUUCUGUCACCCGCGAUGGAAUUCAA